AUGCUCUCUCUCUCAGUGCACUCCGUCAGCCGUGCACUUCACUUCCCCUCGCCUCUCUCGCUCUCUCUCCCUCUCCCUCUCUCUCUCUCUCUCUAUCUCUCUCUAUCUCUCUCUCCCUCUCUUUCUGUAUCUCUCUCUCACUACACACUCGGCUGGUGUAUUUGUUGUUUUCUCUCUCCUUUUGGAGGUGUGCAGCUAGCGUCUCCUUCUCCAUGUCACAUUCCUGCAGCCACGGCGGCUUGACCCCCGCUGUACAUGGGGCCAACUGAGACUGAAACAGCCAGCCUGAGGUGGGUCGACAUGAUCGCAUGCCGCAACUCCCUCCCUCCAUACGAGGAUAACCGCCUGACGUCUCGGCUUGGGAAACCACUCUGUUGAUGCAACAGUGUUGGGGGAGAGAGAGUGUGUGUUUUUUUUCAUUUUUUUUUCAUUCUCCAGAGACGAGAUCUCUGUUUUCAAUCAGGGAUUGGGGGCUUUCUUUUUCUCGCUUUUAAUUUUUGUUUUGGAUGCCCAUUACUGAGUUAAAAUUGCACGACUGGAUUACUUCGGCUCUGGAGCUGUCAGCUCUGAACCCAGUCGCUCACCAUCUGGAGGAGAAGAGGAGUAGAGGACUCUGUUUCUGAGAAGGCUGCUGGAGGAGACCCAUGACCGUCGUUCCGCGCUCCCCCCCUUCCCCCAGGAGCACCUCGGCACAGCGGCAGAUAGCCCCCCCCCGGAUGACCCUCCACCCCUGCUCUUAGGAAACACCAGAACAGUGCGGCGAGGCAAGCAGCAGAGGGAGUCAGGGGUCUACGCCGUGGAGGACACCACUCUGUUCCUCGACCCGAAUGAGACGCCCGGCACCCUGAGCCCCGAUAUGGACACCAAGGUCAUCAACAAGGAGAUGGCCCUCUUUAGCAACGCGCUGGCCGCCUACUCUUUCAUAGCAGACCAUCCAGAGCGAGCAGCACUCUACUUUGUGUGUGGUGUGUGUCUGGGUCUGGUCGUCACUCUCAUGGCACUGGUGAUCCAGAUCUCCUGCCGCACAGACUGCAGGGCCCGCCGAGUCCCCCGGAACCGCAAGCCGGGCAAGUCUGUGGUGGCAGAGCCUGGCAGCAGCGAGACCAGCGAGUCGGACUCGGACUGGGACACCACGUCGGACCUGUCGGCCCGCCGGCACCGGCGCUUCGAACGGACGCUCAACACCAACGUGUUCACGUCGGCCGAGGAGCUGGAGCGGGCGCAGCGGCUGGAGGAGCGUGAGCGCAUCAUCCGCGAGAUCUGGAUGAACGGCCAGCCUGACGUCCCCGGCACGCGUAGCCUCAACCGCUACUACUGAGCGGAACCACCAGGGGGCGCUGCUGGCGCUCACGCCCACGCGGAAGGAGAGCUGCAGGGGCGGGUGAUGGGAUGGGGAGCGGGGGGGCGAGGAGGGACGUGAGAGAGGGGGCAUUGUGGUUGUCUCAUCACCCCCUUCAGGACAGAUCCGAAAGCAAAAGGGUUCUGGUUUCUGGUUCCGUGUCACACCCGGCCUUCUGUUAGAAUACGCUCUGAAUGCACCCAGCUGGGACAGGCACAGCAGCGCAGCGUGCAGAACACAGCGGGGUGGGGAUUGCUGGGGCAGUUGCAGGCUCUCGCAUUAGAUUCCAGAGAGGAGAGCGUUGAACACAGUCUGCAGACCCUAUGAAAGAAAG